AUGGGAGAUCCCAACAUCAGCCAGCUGGCUGCAGUGUACGCUGAGACCCCUGGCCACGUGCUGGGAGGAAGCGAGCUGGACCCGUUUACGGAUAACUACGACACAGACUAUGGUAUUCCCGACAAUGAGAUUCCCGACACUACGCAGGGCACAGCCUUCUUCGUUGCCACCAUCGUCAUCGCCAUGGUGCUCAUCUGCAUUAUGCUCGUCUGCGGUGUUGGCAACUUCCUGUUUAUCGCUACUUUGGCCCGGUACAAGAAGCUACGUAACCUCACUAACCUGCUCAUAGCUAAUCUGGCUAUAUCAGACUUCAUAGUGUCAGUGGUGUGCUGUCCGUUCCUGGUGGAUUACUAUGUGGUGAAGCAGUUGUCCUGGGACUAUGGCCUGGUGCUGUGUGCCUCUGUCAACUACAUCAGGACUGUGUCUCUCUACGUGUCCACUAACGCACUGCUGGCUAUCGCUGCAGACAGGUACAUGGCCAUCGUCCAUCCUCUGAGGCCUCGUAUGAAGUACCAGACGGCCUACUGUCUGAUCACUGGUGUCUGGGUUGUACCAAUCCUCAUCUCCAUCCCUUCUGCCUACUUUGCCUCCGAGACCAUGUACCCUCAUGGCGGUGCCAGCACCUCUCAGAACACCCACAAGACCUUCUGUGCCCAGAUCUGGCCUGUGGACCAGCAGGCCUACUACCGCUCCUACUUCCUGUUUAUAUUUGCCCUGGAGUUCCUUUGGCCCGUUUUUGUCAUGGCAAUAUGUUACGCACGGAUCUCCCGUGAGCUCUGGUUCAAGAGUGUCCCGGGCUUCCAGACGGAGCAGAUCCGGAAGAGAUUGCGUUGUCGGCGGAAGACAGUCAUGGUCCUGAUCGGGAUCCUGACAGCAUACAUUCUGUGCUGGGCACCAUAUUACGGCUUCACCAUCCUACGAGACUUCCACCCGACGAUCAUCUCCCGCCAGAGGAACUCCCUGGUGGCCUUCUACAUUAUUGAGUGCAUCGCCAUGAGCAACAGCAUGAUAAACACCUUCUGCUUUGUCAGUGUCAAGAACAACACGGUCAAGUACCUGAAAAGGAUUGUGCUGCUGCGCUGGAGGUCUACCUACGCUCCCAGUAAGACUGUGGACGAGACAGAUAUCCGGACGUCCUCCAUGCCGUUGACCGAGGAGGUCGAAUGCAUUCGCCUGAGAUAA